UACAAUAACGAACGACCAUGAAGUUCCAAAGCGUCGUGUUAAUCGCCUUGUUUGCAGUGGCGUCUUUUGUAUCUGGAGAGACCCCAAGGCAGUUCUACUGCGGGCGACGGCUGGCUACCACAUUAGCGUACAUUUGCGAUGGAGACAUCGCAGUGAAGAGGUCGGGGCCAUAUAUUUCUCUGCCGGAGUACAAUGGUGAGUUCGUGUGGCCCUGGAUCAGUUCGAGAGGGGCCAGGGCCCUGAACGCCGCCAGGGGUAAGCGGGGGGUCGCGUCGGAGUGUUGUGAUAAACCGUGCUCCAUGGAGGAACUGCUCACGUACUGUUAAGAGGAAUUGUUGGCCUGGUAUUGAAUUGGUUUUAGGAUGGGUUGAUGGAGGAUGAAAUAAAUUGGUUUGUUGA